AUGGCAAUGAACCGUUAUAAACACCCCGUCGCCCCGGGAGAAUCCGUCACGGAUUCAAAAAUCACGGAUUACCGUUACAUGAUUAUGAAUACGUCAUUAAUUGUGAUGUUUUUAAUGAUAGAAUUAAAUGCCGAUGAACAGUGUAUUGAAUCCAGUGACUACAAAAGAAAGAAUGAUUUUAAAACGAAUAACAAUCAACAUCGAUAUCGUCAAGCAUAUUCGGUGUCUCAAGCAAUGUAUAAGAAAACGAUUGCAGAAGAUUCGUUGAAUUUGCAGAGAGAACAAAAGAAUCGUUUCAAAGAACGUGAAAUUGAAGGAGCAUUAAAAGGAUGGAAAGAAAUGCUUCCAGAAGAAUUUAAACAGACGGCUAUCAACGAACAAAUAUGUGUAUAA